AUAAAUAAUAAUAAUUUAGAGAUAAGUUGAUAGUUGGUGCCAUAUAUGCAAAAGUGAUGACGGCACAUGAAAACGAGGUCCAGCUUUUCAACCGGGGUGAGAAAGUCCUGUGCUACGAGCCCGACGAAUCGAAGGCUAGGGUCUUGUACGACAGUAAGGUUUUGGCCGUGUACGAACGAAAGGACGCUGAAAAUCUACGCUACUUUGAUUACAAAAUCCAUUUUCAAGGCUGGAACUCAUCCUGGGAUCGAAAUGUUCGUGCCGCCGGUCUGUUAAAAGACAACGAAGAAAAUCGUAAAUUGCAGCGUGAGUUGGCAGAAGCCGCGCAGCUACAAAAAACUGGCGGCUACUCGUACAAAGACUCUAAGCCUCCGACGUUGCCAUCCAGCAAGAAGAAGCGCUUGGCCAAAGGUGGAAACGUAGAAGAUCCCACAGUCGAUCCCUUAGACAUAUCGCUGGCAAAUUUGCCGGCGACACCAAAAGCCGAACUGCCGGCACAACAGAAGAGAGGUGCCCGCUCGCGGGAUGGCAGUGGAAACCGGUCGCGGGAUGGCAGUGGCAACCGCUCACGGGAUGGCAGUGGCAACCGGUCGCGGGACAACAGUAAAGGCCGCAAAAAGCAGCGAGAAAAGUCGGGCGGCGGUGAUAAACACGAUGAUGGUGAGCGAAGAUCUGCUAGAUCUCAGUUUAGUAUGCAUGUCUCACCUAAAGAUACGCACACAACUGAUGCAGAAAAGCGGAUCCACCAGGAGGAUCGUGUGAUGCUGCGCAUCAGCGAGCGGCUGCGCGAAUACAUGGAGUACGACUACAACAUGAUCUGCAAGCUUGACAAGCAGCACGCAUUGCCCGCUCGCAUGCCCAUUGUGACCAUAUUGGAGAACUUUGUGAAGCAGCGCGCAGUCGAGCUGGCCAUUGGCAUCAAGCAGGACAGUUCACGAGCCCGCAAUACCCUGAGCCGUAAUGCGCGUAUGGAGCGUGAGUACGAUCGUGUAAUGUCCAUCGUGUGCAUGCUUAAGGAAGUCGUGGAUGGGUUACGCAUCUACUUUGAGUUCCACCUCGAAGACCACCUGCUUUACAGAGAGGAAAAGGAUUAUGCCUUGGGCUUCCUCACCGACAACAACAUGAAGAACUGCAGCCUGUUAUUAAACAAAUCCUACGAAUUCAUUAAUCCCAGCGGUGAUAAUGAGCUCAUAUCAAUGGCUGGUCAUUUAAAUGGCACAAAUGGAGUCGAUGGCCCUCUACUUGGCGACAUUGAGUACGAGAAUCAGCUGCAAAAGUGCCUUCGGUACAUUGAGAAAAAUAGUACAAAGAAUAAUAUUGCACUAGCCUAUACCGCCGCCUACAAGCUGCCUAUGGAAAUGCGUGGCUUUCUCCGCGAGACCUUCAGCUGGAGUCUGCUGUCCGAGGAAUCGCCACCAGAGAAAUCCAUAAUAUUUGGAGCACCGCAUUUAGCGCGCAUGCUAGUCUUAUUACCCGAAUGUCUCAAUGCCUCACCCAUAUCAAAUGAGAAGCUAGCGGAUCUGCUGCCACAUCUCGACUCGUUCAUUAACUACCUGGAGAACCAUAAAGAUUGGUUUGAUAAGCAGAACUAUGUGGAUCCUUUGUUAGACCAGGGCGAGAAUUAUCUGUUUAAGAAUUUUAAGGAACUUAAAUCCCCGCUAAGCUGUAGAAAAUAUUAACGCUACCAGGUAUAUCUUCAAUGCUGAUCCGAACUUAAUUUCGUAUAAAUUAAAUUUUAGGCAGCAUUAAGAGGCAGAAGGAAGCAUCUCCAACCCCGUAGAGUAUAUAUAUUCUUAAUCAGCAUCAUAAGUCGAGUCGAUCUAGCCAUGUCCGUCCAUCUGUACGCCUGCCCGUCCGUUUGUCCGUAUGUUUUAACGGGUCGAUUUCAAAACCCGCGAAGUACAAGUUUUUGUCCGAUUAUUGAAAAUUUGCCGCGUUUCCAAGCAAUUGAUAAAAAUAAGCAGCGAAAUCCUAAAUUGAUAUGUUGUUUCUAGAAUAGCAUAUACAGAUCAAGUAUCUAUAGUUUUCCUUUUUAAAAUUAUUUUUGUAUAAGUUUAAAGCAAGCGAGCUCGUAGCGCGAGCCGCAAUUGGUGAUGAUAGAAGAGGGUUCAGGGUAUCCCUUAGUCGGGAACUCCCGGCUAGAGUCACUUACUCGUUUUAUUUUGUUUUAAUUUAUUUAUUAUGCAUUUUAAAGCUUGAUUUUUUGUUUAUUUAAGAAUUGUAGUUGUCAUUUUUUCAUCGGUACCAAUAUCAAUACAUAUAUCAAUUAUGAUUUUGGUUUUGAACUACACAAUUGUAAAUAACGCGCGUCUAUAAAAAGAAGUCUCCUACACAUGUAUAAUCGAAUAAUGUCUAAAACUAGAUGUUAAUGUUAAUAUGGAAAAGACAAUUUUUAACGUUUACUUCCUUUUAAUGCUAAGUUAGAGUUGAGUAGUUUUACUAAGUAGUAUUUUUUUGUUUUUUUUUUGUGCUCAAAUACAUAUAUAUUUAAGAAUUUCAACAAUAUUUGUCAUGCCUUAACAAUUAGAAUGUAAGAGGUCCUUGGAAACGAUGAAGUGUGCAAAAUAUGUAAAACCAUUUGCAUUGAAACACAUUUGUGACGAAUCCACGACGCACCUGUUUCAGUGGCUUUUCAAUAUGGAAUAUUUUACGCGUGUACUUUGGAAUGUGCUGGAAAUCAUCGGACCCAUCGUUGGACCCACUCUAAACUAGUUGCUACUUGGUGUAUAACUGCUCAUAAAUAACUCUGGGAGCCAUGGAUUGGGCUUGUGCUACUUUAACAAUAAUAUGGAGUUGUUUGUGCAAAAUCCUGCCUAGAAA